AUGCGCUCUGUAUUCAUCCACUUGUUCGGCUCUUCACCACCACCACCAGCGCAACAGCUCCCACAGCCGCUCCCUUCUUUAAUCGGCAAAACAGCCUACGAGAAAUUCAAGUGGGUCCAAGAGGCGUGCAAAAUCAUCAGCAACACCACGACACGCGCCGAGCUUGAUCGCAAGAUGCGGAAGGUGGACAAAUUGGAUUCGUCUUCUCUUGGAGUACCUAUUGCCAAAGCUAGAGCUCGAUGUGACACGGGCUUCGCUGUCAAGGAAGGAUCCAUCUUGACCCGUUCAGCAAAUAUCGUUUAUGCCAAGGCCCAGAGGGAACUCCAACUUGGAGCUCAAAGCUCCAACGAUGCGAACGACUGCAUCCCCGCCGACUACCCCAGACACCCAGACGUUCAUCAAUCCUCAACUCCAGCCGCCCGCGCUACUGAGAUUUCAGAAGCAUGCCCCAAGGCUUCGAUACUCUCAACCGAGGCAUUCGCAAACUUCCUCUUGGCCCACAAUAGCUUCGAACAGGCGAUUGAGCUGCUCGGCGAGGCCAAGGAGCAUACGAUGUCGACGAUUAAGACGGCGCUUGAGCAACAGAAUCAGGCGAAGAGCUUUGCGUCGACAGCGAACGCGGAUGCGAGGAAGUGUCGUGUGUUGGCUAUGGCGUGGUAUACGGAGGCUAAGGGAUUUGCGAGAGGCGAGACGGAUGACCAGGAUGACUAA